AUGACAUCGGCCAGUUUCGCAGAAGCGGGCCUUGGCCCCAACUCCACAGCGGGCCCCUACAGGAGCAGUCCUCCGGAGGCGCACAGCAGGACCAGCGCCGUCAGCACGAACAACAACAACAACACCAGCGCUACCACCCGCAACAGCAACAACCCGUCCUUUAGCAACGAGAGCGGUAACUUACACGCCCAUCGCCAGAACAACAGCUCCUCCAAGCUUCCCGCGUUUCGGUUCGUCGAUUUGAAAAAGAAUCCCAUCUCGCUGCCCACAUUGCUACAGCACAUCCCACCCUCGCCCAACACCGCGAGUGAAACUCCGCAAAAGGCGCACAACCAAACCCGCCGAGUCGCCGGCUCGUCGCGAGAAGCCACUGAUCACGGAAGCAGAGUCCCAACCCUCCCCAACAGGCCCGCGUCAUUUGAAUCGCAACAGCAGAACAAUAACCCUCCGAGGACUCGCUCACUGAAAGUUUUGUCCAACGCAGGAUCUGCCAACUCGCCCGCAGGCUCAAAGCGUCCAGCGUCAUUCCCAGAUACUCCGAGGGUCAUUGGUAGCGUGUAUACGGGCCGGUCGCAAUUGUCAUACAUUACGACUCCAGUCACCAAGCGCCGCCUGACUGCCUCUACUGUGGUGCAGGAUGCCAUUGCGACGAACCCAGCCCGUUCGCAUUUGAGUUCAAGUUUGCUACGCGGUCCUAAGACUGUUGCGUCCGGCGAAACCGACGAAGCGACACCCUCCACCGAGAGCAAGAGUCAGGGCCAGCGGGAACUGCUGUUAGCCAAGACCAUCGAUACCCCAAAAUCAGAAGACAAGAAGGCGUCGCGCCCUCCGGUAUCGUACAGACCGCCAAACGCCAGCUCCACCUCCGGCGGACGCGCUGUCAUCCCUCCAAUCCGAUCUUUCCGGUCUUCCGGGUCCCGCAAAAGUGUGGUUCUCGACAUGCAUGGUAGGCGUGUGUCCGGGGACUCGUACGGCGAGGAAGCGUCGGAUUCGAGUCAGCGGGAACGUGCAUUGCGGGCCCUCGAGGGCCAGAGCGACGAAGAUUUUGUCACCCCGCCCGAGUCCGGGGACUUGACUACAACUACAGAUAACGACAACACGGCAGACAUUUUUAUGAGAAUCGCUGGAGAGGAUUCGACGCCCCAGUCCCGUCCGCCGCUUGAAGUCCAGGGGAGGGCGGCGGAACAGAGUGCGAUUUCACAAUCCAGCCGAUCAUCCCAUCGCCGACCUCUGUCGGCAGCUAUCCCUUCCUAUCAAACCUCUUCACCUCCCCAGAUUUCUCGUCGUCUCUCCGAUCAGCUGGAGAGCGCCCGAAAGCGGGCAGACAGCCAGUCGGCCCAAGAAAUGACGAGAGAACUAGCAUACCGCACAGCGUCUAGAGAGCAUCCACCUUCGGUUAUAAGUGUCUCCGAGACUUCUAGUCGUGUGCAUCCUGUCAAGGCACCCUUAAAACCGUCUCCAAUUACGCCAAGGCAGGUUUCGUUCCGAGACUCGUUCGCAGAAAGUGCUUCUGCAUCCCAACGCAGGAGGGCUUCAGUUACAGAGAACAACAACCUCUUAACAAGACCGGCUCAGUACAGAGGCUCGAACAUGGCAGCAACCCAAGGACGAACAUACAACUCCUCUCCUUUGGUUCCUAGAUCUGCAAAUGCCCAAAAAGAUGAGCCUCUGACCGGGUCCGAAGCGAAUCACGGUGUCGAGGGGACCGAGUCUUCGAGUUCGACAGCAGCGCCGUCAACUGUGUGGGAUGACAUAGACGACCUGAAAUCGCGGAUUCAUAGACUGGAACUGACAGGAAAGAUCGCGCCCGCGUCCGGGGGAUCAACAUACAGAACCACCGAUGACCGCCCGCCCACUGCCAUGACGAACGCCACGACCAUGUCAGCAUCGCCGAAGCGUGGAUCGGGUGCUAGCAUGGCACAAGCAGAGACGAGCAGCAACGCAGCGCAGCAGCGCGACACGCAGCCCUUACUCCUCUCCGCUCUCUCCAAGACAAAAAACCUCGUCAGCCCAGACAUUUUCAGUGCCAUUGAAUCGGCCGCGACGGACGCCCUGGCCUUGUCGUCAAUGUUGAACGCUAGUGGACAAGCGGGACCAAUGUCAAGCGGUUCCAGCACCGUCGGAUUCAAUAGUGGGUUCACCGAGAGGCAACUGCGGCGGAAAGCGGACAGCAUCUGUAGGAGUUUGACCGAGCUAUGCAUAGCCUUGACUGGUGAGCUAGGUCAGCACAAACAGUCUCAGCUGACUGCGGCCACGCGCGACAAUGAGCUCUUGUUGAGCCCAACAUCCAUCAGCCCGGCAGCCGCUUCGGUCCUGAGACGCCCUAGUGAUGCCGCUGAGGCAGCAGCAAAGCCUGGCGCGAGCCCUCGGGCUCCGACCGUGCUGGAGCAAAGGAGACAGACAAUGUUAGCCGCCACAGUGCUCCCUAAUGCUCGCUAUGCCGCUGCCCCUAGUACACCGAUGGAGCCGGCGAGCGCAGGGCGGAAGUCUUCCCUUUUGCUGGCUCGGAUACGCCGAGCAGCAACGGAGGAACCCGAGGAAUUGUCUGGGAGAAGGUCCUCGCUGCUGCUGAGGACGAGAAGAGCUGAGACAGAAGAGCCGGAGGAGUCCCGCGAAGGACGUAAGACCUCGCUGCUCCUUCGCACCAGAAAAACCAUGAAUGAGGAGGAGGAUGAGUCUCGCUUUCGUGCGCCCUCCAGGGCCGCCACUGAGGUGAACGGCUUCCGUGCCGCUGCUCAACGCGAUUUAGCGGCUUCCAUGUCUCGAUCUCCGACCGAGAGCAGCCCGCUCACCUCAGCACUCUCACGGCGCCGGCUCCUCGCAACCUCGCUCAACACGCGCCUAGUUACAAUCAACAAUGCCUCGGAUCCAGCCUCUGCGCCCGUCACACCAGCUCGCCGGUAUCUCGAACGAGGCGCAUUAGACCGCGAGCAGAUGACCAAUAGUGUGGUAGAAAGAAUUGCCGAGGAACGGGCCCAGCGGCAACUCUCACUCAGUCAGACAGCAAUCAUGAACCGCACGAGCAGUUUCGGCAGCAGGAGAAUUCGCGAGUCGGGCAUACCCAGCCUUCAGUCGCCAGGGCAGAGUGCGCAGGCGGGGCCGGAACGGCUAGGAGGAUCAGGAAGAGAAGGAGGUUAUUACCGAUGA